AUUAUUGCUAACUGUGAUGUAGCUAAAUCGAUGGUAGCUCAUGUAAAGGGAGCUAAAAUUAUUUUGCAGGUGUUCGUGUUUUGAUUUUUGAACGCCAUGUCCUACAACUACGUUGUCACAGCGCAGAAACCAACGGCAGUAAAUGCUUGCAUUACUGGCCACUUUACCUCCGCGGAGGACCUGAACUUGCUGAUCGCUAAGAACACACGACUGGAGAUCUAUGUGGUCACUGCAGAGGGGCUUCGGCCCGUCAAGGAAGUGGGCAUGUAUGGCAAGAUUGCAGUUAUGGAGCUCUUCAGGCCAAAGGGUGAGAGCAAGGAUCUCCUCUUCAUUCUCACGGCCAAAUACAACGCAUGCAUCCUGGAGUACAAACAGAAUGGAGAGAGCAUUGACAUCAUCACUCGUGCUCAUGGGAAUGUUCAGGACCGCAUUGGUCGCCCCUCCGAGACGGGCAUCAUUGGCAUAGUGGACCCGGAGUGCAGGAUGAUCGGGCUGCGGCUGUACGAUGGCCUGUUCAAGGUCAUCCCCCUGGACCGCGACAACCGCGAGCUCAAGGCCUUUAACAUCCGCCUGGAGGAGCUGCAGGUCAUCGACGUGCAUUUCCUGUAUGGUUGCCAGGCACCUACCGUCUGCUUCAUCUACCAGGACCCCCAGGGCCGACAUGUGAAGACCUAUGAAGUAUCUCUGAGGGAGAAGGAGUUCAACAAGGGGCCCUGGAAGCAAGAGAAUGUGGAGGCAGAGGCCUCAAUGGUUAUACCAGUACCAGAGCCAUUUGGUGGUGCUAUAAUCAUUGGUCAGGAGUCUAUUACAUAUCACAAUGGAGAUAAAUAUUUGGCCAUUGCUCCCCCCAUCAUCAAGCAAAGCACCAUCGUGUGUCACAACCGCGUGGACCCCAACGGCUCGCGCUACCUGCUAGGAGACAUGGAGGGCCGGCUCUUUAUGCUGCUCCUGGAGAAGGAGGAGCUCAUGGACGGUGGCGUGGUGCUCAAGGACCUGCGCGUGGAACUACUUGGAGAGACCUCCAUUGCUGAGUGUCUCACAUACCUUGACAAUGGAGUCGUCUUUGUGGGCUCCAGACUUGGUGACUCCCAGUUGGUUAAGCUAAAUGUGGACAGUAAUGACCAGGGCUCCUAUGUGGCGGUGAUGGAGACGUUCACUAAUCUGGGUCCUAUUGUGGACAUGUGUGUGGUGGACCUUGAGAGACAGGGACAAGGUCAGCUUGUCACCUGCUCUGGCGCUUUCAAAGAGGGCUCCCUGAGGAUCAUCCGCAAUGGCAUUGGCAUCCACGAGCACGCCAGCAUCGACCUGCCAGGAAUCAAAGGACUGUGGCCCCUGCGCUCUGAGGCUGGCAGAGAGACCGACGACAUGCUGGUGCUCUCCUUCGUGGGUCAGACCAGAGUGCUGAUGCUGAGUGGAGAGGAGGUAGAGGAGACAGAGCUGCCAGGCUUUGUGGACAACCAGCAGACCUUCUUCUGUGGGAAUGUGGCCCACCAGCAGCUCAUACAGAUUACGUCUGGCUCCGUGCGGCUGGUGACCCAGGACAGCAAGUCUUUGGUGAGCGAGUGGAAGGAGCCGCAGGGGCGUAACAUCAGCGUGGCGGCCUGCAACUCCACACAGGUGGUGCUGGCCGUGGGUCGUGUGCUCUAUUACCUGCAGAUCCUCACCGGGGAGCUCAAACAGAUCAGCACCACAGAGAUGGAGCACGAGGUGGCCUGCCUGGACAUCACCCCUCUGGGGGAGAGCGGUGGCGAGUCGUCCCUGUGCGCCGUGGGGCUCUGGACGGACAUCUCGGCUCGCGUGCUCAAGCUGCCCUGCUUCAGCCCGCUGCACAAGGAGAUGCUGGGAGGAGAGAUCAUUCCUCGUUCCAUUCUGAUGACAACGUUUGAGGGAAGUCAUUAUCUUCUGUGUGCACUUGGAGACGGAGCCCUCUUUUACUUUGGCCUGGACCUACAAUCAGGCGCUCUGAGCGAACGCAAGAAGGUGACCUUGGGGACGCAGCCCACGGUUCUGCGCACAUUCCGCUCGCUCUCCACCUCCAACGUGUUCGCCUGCUCCGACCGGCCCACCGUCAUCUACUCUAGCAACCACAAGCUGGUCUUCUCCAACGUAAACCUCAAGGAGGUCAACUACAUGUGCCCCCUCAACUCCGAAGGCUACCCUGACAGCCUUGCCCUGGCCAACAACAGCACACUCACCAUCGGCACCAUCGAUGAGAUCCAGAAGUUGCACAUACGCACAGUGCCCCUCUAUGAAUCACCAAGGAGGAUCUGCUACCAGGAAGUAUCCCAGUGCUUCGGGGUUCUGUCCAGCAGGGUGGAGAUGCAAGAUGCCAGUGGCGCCACCAACCCAGUCCGCCCCAGCGCCAGCACUCAGGCUCUCUCCAGCAGUGUAAGCUCCAGUAAGCUCUUUCCUAGCAGCACUUCACCACAUGAGACCUCCUUUGGGGACGAAGUGGAAGUCCACAGCCUGCUUGUAGUGGACCAGCACACCUUUGAAGUGCUGCACGCCCACCAGCUGCUGCAGAACGAGUACGCCCUCAGCAUGGUGUCGUGCAAGCUGGGCCGCGACCCCGCCGUCUACUUUGUCGUGGGCACAGCCAUGGUCUACCCCGAGGAGGCGGAGCCCAAGCAGGGACGCAUCAUCGUGUUCCACUACACCGACGGCAAACUCCAGACGGUCGCUGAGAAGGAGGUGAAGGGAGCGGUGUACUCCAUGGUGGAAUUCAACGGCAAACUGCUCGCCAGCAUCAACAGCACCGUCCGUCUGUACGAGUGGACGGCUGAGAAGGAGCUGAGGACGGAGUGCAACCAUUACAACAACAUCAUGGCUCUGUACCUGAAGACCAAAGGAGACUUCAUCCUGGUGGGAGAUCUCAUGAGAUCAGUGCUGCUGCUGGCCUACAAGCCCAUGGAGGGCAACUUUGAGGAGAUUGCACGGGAUUUCAACCCCAACUGGAUGAGUGCUGUUGAGAUCCUCGACGAUGACAACUUCUUGGGGGCAGAGAAUGCCUUUAACCUCUUUGUUUGUCAGAAAGACAGUGCUGCCACCACAGAUGAGGAGCGGCAGCACCUCCAGGAGGUGGGUGUCUUCCACCUCGGCGAGUUCGUCAACGUGUUCUCCCACGGCUCCCUGGUGCUGCAGAACCUGGGCGAGAGCUCCACGCCCACGCAAGGCUCCGUGCUCUUUGGCACUGUCAACGGCAUGAUUGGGCUGGUGACAUCUUUGUCUGAGGGCUGGUACAGCCUGCUGUUAGAUCUGCAAAACAGACUCAACAAGGUCAUCAAGAGCGUGGGCAAGAUUGAGCACAGCUUUUGGAGGUCUUUCCACACGGAGCGCAAGACCGAGCAGGCCACAGGCUUCAUUGACGGCGACCUGAUCGAGAGCUUCCUGGACCUGGGUCGAGCCAAGAUGCAGGAGGUGGUCAGCGGAUUACAGAUUGAUGACGGGAGUGGGAUGAAACGCGAGGCGACAGUGGAUGAGGUCAUUAAGAUUGUGGAAGAGCUCACCCGCAUCCAUUAGCUGCUCCCCGAUAGCUCUGUACAUGUAUAUAAAUAAAAACAAUCACCGUGUGU